UUCCCUAUUACUGAAUUGUUACGGUCAACAUCAGUUUUUAGCCUUCUACAUAAAUUAACUUUUUAGCCAAUGAGGUCGUGACUUAAGAUCACGUGAUGCUUUCGAACCAAUCAGGGCUCGUAAGCUUUCAUAGCGAAUUUUUUAUGGCGAAGGAGAAGCUCUCGCCAAUUUUUUCAACGAAAUUCUCAAGAUUUUACAUUAGUAUCUUUGUUUCAAGAUGAAACCUCCUAAUAGGAGAAAAGGAGUGAAUGCCCCAUGUUCAUGUACUUGUGGCGCAGCAAACACAACCAAGGAUUCUUCGCGGAAGAAAACUAAACGCCCGAAAGUUGGGGUUUCCACAACUCCUGUACAACAGAGCUCUUUGGGGAUACCAUCUCCUACACCAGAUCAAGUAACACAACAGAUGGGAAAUAACACCACAGAUGCUAGUACUGAGAGCCAUCAUGGCGUGUCGCAUACACUUCCUGCUAUGAAUUCUCAAUCAAUGGCUAGUACGUGUCAAUAUGACUUUCCAAAUCCGUCUACGUCAGAUGCGCCUAAUUAUUCUCCUGGCAAUCCAAUUCCGCAUUUAUCGUCAGCAAUGUCAGACAUGCAAUCAAGUGAUUCAGAUUCGGAUGAAGAUGACGUCCCAUUUGUUCCGUCUUUUCAAGAUGCUAUUUCACAUCAUUCACAUGCAAUUUUAUCAGGUAAUGGCAUUCAGUUUGCGGAGCCAAUCAGCACUCCUAUCCUGAAUCAAAUUAAGAGGGCUACCUGUAAAGCUAUUUGGAGAAACAAGUAUGUCGAUAUGGCAGACCUCCUACCGUCCUCUUUAAACCCUCAACCUACACAUUACACUUUACAAGUAGAUAAUCGCUCCAAUUUCACAAUAAACCCUACAUCCAAAUCAAAAAGAAUACAAAACGUUGAAGUAUGGACAACUGCAUUUAUACGUUUUAUGGCAGUAUACUUGCAACGGCUCCCACUAGAAGCCCAGCAAUUGCUUAAAUAUAUGGAGAUCGUCCGAGAUUUAGCUCGACGACGUCCAGGCUUUGCAUUUUUAUACUAUGACACGCAAUUUCGAAUGUUGCGGGAGUCGCUUGCUCUUCCCUGGGAUCGAAUUCAUACUGAAUUCUGGUUAAUGGCUAGUACUUCCAUACCACAACCCCAGUCCUUUCGAGCCCAACACAAUACAACACGUAGUAACAACUACAGCAAGCCAAGACGUUUCCUUGAAAAAACAUGUUGGAACUACAAUAAACGUAGUCAGUGUCAUAACACCUCCUGCAACCAUCCACACUUAUGUGGGUUCUGCAAGGGAUCCCAUCCAGCAUAUCAAUGCAAGUUCCCCAACAAGGAAACAGCAUAUAAAGCACUCUCACAAUCCAACACAACCUCCAGACCAACCAAAUAAUGGCCCGGCAUUUACUCCAGUUACUCCCAUAAAAAUAUCAGUUCUUGCCCCACUUCUUCAUGGUUACCCUCUAGCACAAUAUUUAAUUCAAGGUUUCUCCAAUGGUUUUAAGUUAGGUUUCAAAGGUCAAAUGUCAGCUUCAGCACCAUCCAACUUAAAGUCAUGUGACGAUUCUCCAGAUAUAGUGUCCCAAAAACUGACAAAGGAAUUAGAGUCAGGCAGAGUAAAAGGUCCUUUUGUAGGUCCACCUUUCCCAGAACUGCAUUUAAGUCCAAUUGGCCUGGUUCCGAAAAAAUUGCCAGGUCAAUUUAGGUUAAUUCACCACCUCAGUUAUCCUCAUGGCAAUUCAGUCAAUGACUAUAUUGAUUCUAAUUUUUCUUCUGUCAACUAUUGUACAUUCGAUGACGCAGUUCAAUUAUUGCUGGAUUUAGGUCCAGGGACCUUGUUUAGCAAAACCGAUAUUGAUUCAGCUUUCCGUUUGAUUCCCAUUCACCCAGAUGACCAUCAUUUAUUGGGCUUUAAAUUUUUAGGACAUUUUUAUUUUGAUCCUUGUCUACCUAUGGGGGCAUCUUCGUCUUGUGCCAUCUUUGAACGUUUUAGCUCCGGUUUGCAAUAUAUCGCUAAAAAAGUUUUAAAAAUUCAUUACAUGAUUCACAUUCUAGAUGA